AUGCCUCGAUGCGCCUUCUGCCACACCUUUACUAUUGAUCAAGAUCGCUUUUAUCUAGAGUUCCACCCAAAUCUCACGUCACUUAAAAAAAGCGCUGAAAAUGGCUGCGACUUUUGUCAUCUUUGCUGGACAGGCUUCCGACAAGAGUGGACAGGUGCUCAGAUCGAAUCUGUCCUCAAAGGCGAAGUUCCGGAAGGAGUUACUAAGUUUGAGCCGGGUAUCUGGAUUUACGUCCACUUCACAGACUACAGUCCUACUCUGACUCAGCCGCGCAUUAUCGUAUCGUGCGGGAGAUACAACCCUAUCACUUCCGUGAGGGAAAGCAGCCAUGGACUCGGCUACAUAAACCUGGCCGUCUAUGGGAAAGAGGGAACUGCGGCAGGUUCGCGAACACCUGGACGAAUCUGCGCAGCAGAAUAUGAGCCGGAUUCCUAUCUCACCUUGAUCCGGGGUUUUCUCGAAAGAUGUACAAAGUCGCAUCAAGCGUGCGGUAUUGAGGGGACGUACGACAUGCCGACCAGGGUCAUCGACGUAGGCAACGGAAAUCAAGAAGACCUUCCACGACUUGUCGUAACUGAUCAGGGCAUGAAGGAGAAAUAUCUUGCCUUGUCUUACUGCUGGGGGCCCGCUACAGACACCUUCACCCUCAAUCACAAGACGAUCGAGGGGAUGCUGAGAGGGAUCGAUGAGCGUCGCCUCGUAGCGGCACAUCGCGAUACAAUAGCAUUAGCCCGCCAGUUGGGCAUCCAAUAUAUCUGGAUAGACGCUCUAUGCAUAAUCCAGGGCGACAAGGAUGACUGGGAACGUGAAUCAAAGCUCAUGGCUAAAGUAUAUGGCCACGCAACCCUUACGAUCACCGCAGGCAGGUCAGGCGAUGCUCGCAACUCCUUCAUCGCCAAUACUUAUAAACAACAUGCUCCCUGUUGCGAGUUCCCUCUCGGUGAUGGCCAGGAUGGAAAUGUUCUUAUUGGCCCUUUAAGAUCCGCUGACUACGGUGUUACUGAAACUCGCGGAUGGUGUUGUCAGGAGAAGAGACUGAGCCGUCGGGUAGUGUUCUUCGGCAAAGAGCAGCUUUUUUUCCUAUGCCGAAGCUCCGGUUACUCAGAGGACCGCAGCUAUCAGGAGGGUAAAUCUAUCUUACUCCACACCUUUCUCAACACGAGCAAAGGGAAUUCGCAAUUGACACGAGAUCGGCUCCUACAAUAUUGGGACGAGAUUGUAGUCGACUUCUCCAGACGCCAACUAUCGAACCCUCAUGAUAUCUUUGCUGCCCUUGCCUCUAUUGCUGCACCUAUCUCCAAGGCUCUACAGUCACGCUACUUGGCCGGUCUCUGGGAGUGUGACCUUGUUCGUUGUUUGCUAUGGAGGCCCGGCUACAGGGUCAGCAGCUUCUUUGGACCAGCAACGAGACCUUUGCCGACUAUUUUUGCAUCCGCCCCAGUGAUCAGGGCGCCUUCUUGGUCUUGGGCUUCCAUUCAAGGUGGCGUCAAACCACUGACACUUCAACAAUUUCGGAGGAUGAAGACAAAGAGCCAAAGCGGAGCACCACUGAUGCAACCGAAGCAGCAACAGCCCGACCGUUGGACGGUAGAUCCUCAUUGUGGAGCCGACGCACUGCACAUGCCGUCUUGCGAACUUCAGCUUCUGGGACGGGUUCAAGCAGCAAUUGUUCUCACGAGAACACCUUCGAGCGACUUCAUCGCUUCGCUUCGAAAGCAAAAGAGGCCAGCAGGUACUAUGCGUCGGCCAGUUGUGCUAGGGCGCAAGGAGCUGAAGGAAGGGAGCCUGAAUAAAGACAUGUCGGUGUUUGUGGCGCUAGGAAUUUUUGAUUUUGACGAAGAGAGUAUUGAAGAAGUCUGGUGCUUGCAACUUACACUUGAGGAGGGGCUUAUGCUGUGCAAGAAAGAUGAUGGGACGUUUCAGCGUAUAGGAGUGUUUCAGAUAUUUUACCUCUUAUAA